GUGGAUCAUCUGUAGUUUUCAAUUUAGAGUGACACGUUUAGGUAGACUGUUUUUCCCUCAAGUUGAACUCACAUUUUAAAACUUGUGUCUUGCUUUGAUGAUGAUGAUUACACCUAGCAUCACAAGUCUUCUCCUCCCCGGAGGAUGCAUAUCUGGAUUCAUUAUACUGCAGCUCAUUAGGCCACUCAGGAAAUUCAUAUUUACAGCUACACAAAAACUCAAAAAGCUAAAAUCAAAACAAGAGUUUUGGAAUAACAUCAACACAUUCAGUAAUACGCUGCAAAUUAUCUAAAGUAGAAGAAAGAAUUUGUUACUCCUUGUAAAAAUGUCAUGGCUCAAAACUCAGUUGUUUACUUGUAUCUACUUGUGUCAAGGUUUCUCUGUGAUAUGGGUAUUUUUAAGCACUUGUUUCUCAAGUAACUGGAUGUAAAUAUAAACCUUCAGUGCCCAAAGGCGUUUUGGAAAAACAUGACAUUAGUUCCUUCAGUAAAAUCACUUCGAAAAAUCGAAAUGCAAAUCUUGUUCAAAUCAAAUUGUUUUCAUGAUCUAAAGAGCGUCUGCACCUGUAGAAUAAUGGCAUCAGCAUUUGCUUACUGUUGCACUGUGGUUUCUGUCUGCAUGCAGAAAGAGUGCCUAAUUGUUUGCCUAGACACUGACAUAUGUAUUUUUUCAGGUUUCUUUUGAAGAAUGACCUAUUAAUGAACCAUCACGUCUAACCAUAGAGUGCAACAAAACAAGCUGACACAUUUUAAAGCGCAGCAAGCUUCAGACUUAAGAGUGCCUAAGACAUUAUUUCACCACUUAAGCUUGGAGUGGGGAACAACAGCAGCAUGGCAAAACUGCAUCGCCUGUGUUUGCUUCUUUUGUUGGCAGGCCAAGUACCAGCCCUGACAGCAACCCCAGAGGGACUGAGGGUUAGACAGUACCCUCCCUCUGUCAGUGUGAUGCGGGGUGAAACGGCAACCCUAUCCUGUCAUUUCAAAGUUGAAUCCCUCAAGUAUGGGGUUCAGUGGUUCAAAAUGAAGUCGGAAAAGCAGCUCAUCCCAAAGUCAUCCAGGCAGUUCGUCGUGGAUAAGAAUCAGACUUCUUCCCUGGUGAUCACUGAGGUAGCACUGGAGGAUUCUGGGUGGUAUUACUGUGAGGUGAACGUCCUGCAGAAAGACCCAGAGUGGGGCAAUGGGACAGAGCUGUUCAUCUUGGCCCCACCUUCUGCUCCCAAGAUUUACCUCCAGAUUCCCCCGGACCCACAGACUGGUCAGUGGGCUCUCUUCUGUCUCACCGGGGGAUUCCACCCCAGCGAGCUCACCCUGACCUGGACCUACCAGAGCACAGCAGCCAAUAUCGAUCACCUGUCAGUCACCAAUUGCACCCUUCCUGCGAUCAACCCUCAUGGUAACCUUUCAGAACACCCGGCUGACGGAGCCCAGCUGUCCUCAGAUUGGUUGGUGAACUCCAUGCCUGCGAGCCACCCAAAGUGUUUCCAGGUGAUGGACAACAACAGCCAGGAAGUGUUUCUCUUCAGUGUGUUAUUCCUCCCACAGAAGGAGUCCUUGGAAACAGGGAUCACCUUCACUUGUGGGGUGCAGGACCACCCUGCCAUGACCACCGCUCUGAUUGCCUCCUUCACUUGGGAUGCCUACCCUAACGAGCUGAUUGCACACUUGAACAUUGUCAAGAUGUGUUUCCUCUCUGCAAUCACCGUGGUCUUUUUAUUGGAAGCAGUCAAACAUUUCUGCAUGCAGGGAGAAUGAAGUCUACCAUGAAAUACAAAAUGAAGUGGGGGAAAAAAAGGACUGUUCAGUGCGGCUCAUCUCAGCAAACCAACCAUUGACAUACAACAUCACACAAAUCAAGUCCAGAAUCAUCGCUGCAAAACGAGAAUUAACUAUAUAUAACAUAAUAUAAUCCCCCUCUCCCUUCUUAUUAGUUUCCCCUAUUUUUGUACCUCUUGCUGUACAUUUUGCUUGGCUAUCACAUACUGGAUAUCCUCUAAACAUUGAUGCAAUGCUGAUUUCUCUCUGUACAUCAAAGCUGUUUAUCUCUGUAACUCUUUAUCGCCACAGCGUGCUGACUAGGCUGUUUUUGGAUCUGCUCAUUGUGCCAGUGGCUGGUAGUUUGCACAUCUUAGUCAUUCACUCGGGUCUGUGUGUCAGAAUGAAUGCUUCAUGCAUGAUCCACCUGUCAAACAGAUGCAGUGAUCAGCUCAACCUCCGCACAGGCCUAAUCCUCACAAAACAGGAUUACAGUCGAUGCCAGCGCUUGCUUGUGUGAUAGCAUUGUUUACGUGUGCAGUGUGUGGGGUGAGAUCUUGAUUCACGUUUUCAUUUUAAAUAUAGGCCUGCCCACACUGCCAGGAUCACUAAACACUGCCAGUAAUAUUGACCUUAGAUAUAGAGAAAGAUGAUGUACAGUUUAAACAGACUAUUGGUGUUGAAAACAGGCUUUAUUCUACUCA